CUCUCCUUCCGCGCCGGGCUCGAUCCGGGGCGCCCCAGCCACGUCCCCCCACCCCCCCACCCCCGCAGCCGCUGGGGCAGGGGCGAGGCCCGGGGAGCAGCGGGGCUGCCAUGGCGGAGCCAGAGGCCACGGCCGAGGACCUGGACGCCCUCAUCGACGACCUGGACUACCUGCCGGGCCACUUCCACCUGGAGAUGCAGCUGAACUUCGAGCCGCGCUCGCCGGCCUCGCUCCGCGCCCGGGACCUGAAGCUGCAGCGGGACGGCUUGCAGCAAGAGCUCGAGCUGGCGGCCGCCCCGCAGCGCCCCGCCGUGCGCCACCUCCUAGGCACCUUCGCCUUCUACCUGGACGAACUGGACGAGGCCCGCGAGCUCUUCCUCGAGGUGGCCCGCGAGGACCCGGGCAACCUCAACGCCUGGGCCAACCUGGCGCACGUGUACGGGCGGCUGGGCCAGGAGGAAGAGGAGGAGGCGAGCGCCGGGCGGCUGGCUGGCCUCAUGGGCCUGGCGGCGGAGCGCGAGGCGCCGGGGGACCCCCAGCGCCGGGCGGCGCGCUGCCUGGCCGAGCAAGGCUAUGCGCACGGCUUCGACGUGGGCUGCGCCAGCCCGGAGGAGCGGGCACAGGUGCUGGCCGCCGGCAUCGCGCUCUACGACAAGGCGCUGGGCUACGGACAGCAGAUCCCAGUGGAGGAGAAAAGGGGCUGGUACUUCACCAUGGCAACGCUCUUCAUCAGGCUAGAUGGCAUCUUCCUGGAAAUGGGCAGCGAGGAGCAGAAGAGGCUGCCCGCCUUCAACCGCACACUGGCCCUGCUCCGGCAAGUGCUCAAGUCCUCGGACCCCCACCACCAAGCUCUGGCCUGGUGCUACCUCGGGAUGCUGCUAGAGAGGAAGGACACCUUCUCCACCACCCCCAUGGGUGUCCACGACUGCGGGUACUCGGGAACCGACCCCCUGGACUGCUUUGGCAAGGCUAUUGAGAUAGCCAAGGACCAACCCCCCAUCCUGAAUCGCCUGGCCAAAAUCUUCCACUUCCUAGGAAAGCAGGAUAUGGCCAUUGGAACCUGCAACAUGGCUCUAGAUAUCCUACGAGAUCCGGAGCUCAACUGGCAGGCAUACUGCACAAGGGCCAAGAUCCACCUCAGAGCCUACCUGCACGACCUGGAGCGAGCCAAGAUGGGGCUCGGGGGCAUGCCUGACAGGAACCACCUGUCCUGCGCCAAGGCCGAUCUGGAGGAAGUGGUCAAGGUGUGCCCAAGCCUCAAGACCUACCUGGACAUCGGCCAGGUCUACUACUACAUGGGUGUGGACGCCGUGCAGGAGCUGCUGGCGGUGGACGAGGCGGCGCUGAACCAGGCGCUGGUCUUCCUGGCCAAGGCCGGCGAGUCGGAGCUGGGCGCCACCUUGCCCGAGCUGCAGCUGCUGCGCGGCAAGUGCCUGCGCAUCAAGGGCGAGGAGGCCAACGCGGCGGCCUGCUUCAAGCGCGCCGUGGAGCUGGACGACGCGGGCUCCAGCCACACCGAGGGCUUCGGCUGCCUGCUCGAGGCGCUGCUGGCGCAGUGGAGCCAGGCGCAGCUGAGCGACGCCGAGCUGGGCCGCGAGGUGGACGCGUGGCUGCGCCGCGCCCAGGGCAAGUACCCCGCGGCGCGCCUGCGCCAGGAGCUGCAGCGCGUGUGGCGCGGCCACACGGGCGAGGUGCUGGGGCUGGCCCGGGCCCUGGUGGCCCAGGGACGGCCGGCGCUGGUGCGGCUGCUCUUUGAGACCAUGGAGCAGGACGGCGACGUGGCAGGCGUGCCGCGGGGCCGCCGCGCCUUCUCUCUCUGAGGGGCGUCGAAGCCCCGCCCCGUCGAGGCCCCGCCCUACCUACAGCUGAUUGGGCGCUCAAAACGGGCCUGCCCUGCCAUAGGCUGGCGGGUGAGCGGAGCCAAUUAGAUUCUCUUCCGGGAAUUGGGACGGGGCGGUUGAGA